CUCUCUCUCUCUCCCCUUCCUCUUCUCCCUGUUUUCUCUCUCUCCUUUUUGUUUUUUUGAAAUUUUUUAAUCAGCUUUCUUAUAAAACCAAAGGGGGACUAAUUGUUUUUGAGAAAAAUUUGUUUUGAAAGAGGACCCCUCAAGACCCAGCCCGGUUUAAAAACCAGACAUACACACACACACACAGCUCUAAAAACAGCGUUCUGUUCUUGAUUUUGUCUUCUUUUUUUUUUUUGCUGUUGGUGGUGGUGGUUUUGUUUUUGUAAUUAUAUGUAUGUAAACACAUUUUUUUUCUGGGUUUUUGUUUUUGAAAGAUGUCAAUAUAGAUGGCUAGUGAAUGAAAAAUUGGAACGUCAACAAAAAUAAAGACUUGAGCUUUGAAGGGAGCAGUCAUCAAAAUAUGUUGUGUUUAGCUUUGCAUGUUAUGGAAAAUCAAAAGAUCUGAAGGUGGUUUCUGGCAAUGAGAAUUGAAGAUUGGGAUUAUAAUGUUAUAGCUCAAGUGAGCUAUGUUUUAGAUGAUGGAGUGUAGUGUUUAAAAAUUUGUAUUUUCAAUAAAUGGAUUGAAUCACAAAGUGUAACAGUUCAUUUUGGAUGCAAUGUUAAAAGCAUUAGCUCCUGGGUUGUUGAUUUCUUCGCUUCUGAUCUCGGCCUCCACGGCGGUUGAUACCGGUUUUCCGAGGUGUAAUUGCGACGAUGAAGGGAGUUUUUGGAGCAUUGAAAGUAUCUUAGAGACGCAACGAGUGAGCGAUUUCUUGAUUGCGGUCGCCUAUUUUUCGAUUCCCAUAGAAUUGCUUUACUUUGUUAGUUGCUCCAAUGUGCCUUUCAAAUGGGUCUUGUUUGAGUUCAUCGCGUUUAUCGUGCUUUGCGGAUUGACUCAUUUGCUUAACGGAUGGACUUACGGUCCGCAUCCGUUUCAGCUUAUGUUGGCUCUCACAGUGUUCAAGAUUCUCACCGCGUUGGUCUCUUGUGCGACGGCUAUUACGCUUAUUACACUUAUUCCGUUGCUUCUUAAGGUCAAGGUGAGGGAGUUUAUGUUGAAGAAAAAGGCUUGGGACCUCGGGCGGGAAGUUGGGAUUAUAAUGAAACAGAAGGAGACCGGUGCGCACGUCCGUAUGCUAACGCAGGAAAUCCGUAAAUCAUUGGAUAGGCAUACUAUUUUGUACACAACGAUGGUGGAGUUGUCUAAGACAUUAGGUUUGCAAAAUUGUGCUGUAUGGAUGCCUAAUGAGAUCAAGACCAAGAUGAAUUUGACUCAUGAACUCAAAGGAAGGAACUUUUCGUAUAAUUUUACCAUUCCGAUUACGGAUCCGGAUGUUGUGAGGAUUAAAGGAAGUGAUGGAGUGAACAUCCUCGAACCUGACUCUUCACUUGCCACUGCAAGCAAUGGAGAGUAUGGUGAGCCAGGACCUGUGGCUGCAAUUCGGAUGCCAAUGCUCCGAGUAUCCAAUUUUAAAGGGGGAACUCCCGAGCUAGUUCAGACAUGUUAUGCGAUAUUAGUUUGUGUUCUUCCGAGUGAACAAAAUAGGUCUUGGAGCAACCAAGAACUAGAGAUAGUUAAGGUCGUUGCGGAUCAGGUGGCUGUUGCACUCUCUCAUGCUGCGGUUCUCGAAGAGUCUCAACUCAUGAGGGACCAAUUGGUCGAGCAAAAUCGAGCAUUGCAACUGGCACGACAAAAUGCCAUGAGAGCAAGCCAAGUUAGAAAUGCAUUUCAGAAGGUAAUGAGUGAUGGAAUGAGGAGACCUAUGCACUCGAUUUUAGGAUUGCUUUCGAUGAUGCAGGAUGGAAAUCUGAAUAAUGAUCAACGGAUUAUUGUUGAUUCGAUGAUGAAGACCAGUAACGUGCUAUCGACAUUGAUAAACGAUGUGAUGGAUAUUUCAACAAUGGAUAACGGAAGAUCCCCGUUGGAGAAGCGAUCUCUUCACUUGCAUUCCAUGAUAAAAGAAGCUGCUUGUCUUGCCAAAUGCUUGUCUGUUUAUAGGGGUUUCGGUUUUUCAAUUGAAGUUGAGAAAUCCUUGCCUGAUCUUGUUUUCGGCGAUGAAAGGAGAGUUUUUCAAGUGAUACUUCAUAUGGUCGGGAGCCUAUUGGAUGGCAAUAGUGGAGGUGGAACUGUUGUACUCCGGGUGUUCUCCGAGAAUGGUAGUCAGGAACGUAAUGAUCAAAGACGGGCAGCCUGGAGGCACAGCUCCUUGGAUGGAGAUGUACAUAUCAGGUUUGAAAUUAGGAUCGAGAAUAGCAAUUCUCAGCCAGAGAGCAGCGGCUCAAUGUCGGAGUUACAGAUCAGUGGCAGAAAAUAUAACAGCAAUCGAGCCGAGGAACGCUUGAGCUUCAGCAUUUGCCAAAAGCUAGUGCAGUUAAUGCAUGGGAACAUCUGGGUAGUACAAAAUCCUCAGGGUUCAGCUCAAAGCAUGGCGCUUGUUAUUCGGUUUCAACUCCGACCGUCCAUCAGUAUAACAAUCAACGAGUUGGGAGAAUCAUCAGACCAGCCAUGCUCCAACUCCCUUUUCAAGGGUUUGCAAGUUUUACUUGCCGAUGACGAUGAUCUGAACCGUGCCGUGACUCGAAAGCUUCUCGAGAAGUUGGGAUGCAGUGUUUCUGCCGUAACAUCUGGAUUCGAAUGCCUCACUUCUAUAGGGCCAGCUUCAUCACCUUUCCAGAUUGUCAUUUUGGAGCUUCAGAUGCCCGAGUUAGAUGGAUUCGAAGUCGCAAUGAGAAUCCGGAAAUUCCGAAGUCGUAACUGGCCGUUGAUCGUUGCCAUGACUGCCAGCACCGAAGAUGAUACAUGGGAAAGAUGUUCACAGAUUGGAAUCAAUGGAGUCAUUCGAAAGCCAGUCCUAUUACAAGGAAUCGCCAUCGAGCUUCGGAAAGUCCUGAUGCAAGCCAACAAAGUUUAAGGUUCUUCAAUCCUGAGCACCGGCAAUGACGACGGAAAUGGUACACAAAGUUCACUCCUUUAACCUUUCAUCCCCGGCUUAAUGUGCUCGAUUUCAUGUUGGAUUUGCCUAGAUAGUUUCAGAUCUAAUCAAAUAGCUUUUAUUAGAAAUUCUCUUCAACAACAUCACUCUAAAAAUAAGAAAUAUAGAUUUACAUACAUGCACAGUGCAAAAAACUAGAUUAAGAUCAAGUUAUUGCAUAUCUUAAAAACAGAUUGGUUUGCCUUCGUAGUUCACAAACAAUUUAAAAUC